AUGGACUACUCUGGCCAUGUUAAAGAGUCGGUCAUCGACAUGCUCAUGUUCAAUGCGCUCAAGAUGGACGCCACCAUUGGCGACAAGCACGCGGCACUUGGGUUUUGGAACUGGGUUCUCAAAACCUACUUCUUCCGCCACCACUCCUACAACAUCAUGAUCAAUGCCCCAAACCUUCCUAGCGGUCAGAAUACCCCUCGCAUGGAUUUUGCCAUUCAGAUGUUGCCCGACGUACUGUCAGAGCGCAACACGGACUACUUGGUGAUGGGUAUGGGGUGCUCAGCCUUUGCCUCAGCAAAAGACGUCGCAGCCAUGGAAGAAAAGAUUCAGAACCAGGCUGCUGUAUAUAUUGACGCAAUGCGAGAGCCAUCCAUGUGGUUAAUGACCUUCAUGGGGUCUAAAGUUCGCUUGUGGGGGUACCAAAAGUACAAGCUGGUUCCUUUGUUCCCCAACGACCAUGAAUCGUUCAAAGUUGAUGGGUAUUUCGAUGCCGAAUCAAACAGGUCAGCGCUGCAAAGUGCGUUUAAUUUUAUUAAGCGCGUUGAACCAAGAAUUUACAUUCGAGAAUAUGAAGCGCUUGGCAAACUGCCUUUUCAAGAAAAGCUGAACAAGAUCUACACCAAGCUUGCCAAGUCACCAGAGAGAUCAACUGAGAAUAACCGCAUGAAAUUGAUAAAUUCGGCCGUUGCUUAUGCGACCCAGGUAGAAGGCACCCAAGGAGAAGGCAGCACGUCCAAGAUUGCAUACAAAUAA